AUGGUUCUUACGAGGAGGAGCUCUCGACUCAACCCGUCAAAUGAGCCAACUCCUGAGGCGCCAGUGGAACCAGUCAAAAAUGAGCCAGCCCCAACGCCAACUAAAUCGAAAAUGCUGAUCGUCGACGAAGAUACGCCGGACGAGGAAACACUAAGCGACGAUGAUGACAUUGAAGUGAUUGAGAAUUUCCCAGAGGUCGUUCAUCAAGUAGAGGAAAAUGAGGAGGCCGAUGAAAUUGAAGUUCUUGACGAAAACGGAUUGGUGAAUCACGAAGUGCAAGCGAAAGAAACAGAAUCGAUGGAAGAUGAGAGUGAAGACGACGAAGACGAGGAAGAUGAUGAAGAGGAAGAAAAAGAAUCAGAUGAAUUAGAAGAUGAGAAUGGAUCUGAAGAGGACGAAGAUGAGGAAUUAGAAGAAGAACCGCCCGCAAUUCUCGACAAAAAUCAAUGGACUCAGCUCUUCGAGGAACAAAAUUUUGAGAGUUUGAAAGAAGCCGUAGUUUGGACAACAAAACUUCAAAAAAGUUGGCGAGAAACGUUCGAGAAGCAUUUGGGCAAUGGUGUGGAGGCUUUCAUCGAGAAAAUUGGUGGAAAGACGAAGAUUGCUGUGUCGAAAAUGCAUGGCUUCUUUUUUGACGGACAACUCGGCGCUCCACAUUUCUUGUUGUUUCUGAUGAAGAGAAUGAACGAUGAAAUAUCGGCAAUCACUCAUUCACCAACUGCAAAAUGGAACGUGUUUCGAUGUUUGAAAGUGAUUCAGUCAGCUCUUGAAUCAUCAUCGGAAUUUCGAGGACAUAAAGUUGGUCAAUUUCACGGUGGAAAGAAGGGAAUGAAAACUGUCAAACGAGCCUAUCAAGAUUUAUGGUUGGAUGUGCUCAAGAAAAAGCUUCCCAAAAAAGUUCUUCGUUUGGCAGUGGUUCAUCUUUCAAAGUCAGUGCUCGAUUUCGUGCCAACGCCACACUUAUUCGCCGAAUUUUUCUUCAAAAUCUUCAAACGUGGUGGCAUCUUUGCGAUUUUGGCGAUCGACGGAAUUUUCGAGCUCAUCGUUAAGCAUAACUUUGAAUUCCCCGACUUCUAUGAGUAUGUCUAUCAACAAACGACCGCACAAUCCUUCUACACAGAACACAAAUGGCAUUUUCUGAAGAAUAUCGACAAGUUCUUGUCGUCUUCUCACGUUCCCGAGUAUGUUGUGGCUGGAUUUUUGAAGCGCUUGUCUAGGUUGCUUCUAUGGGCUCCAUUAGAUGCACAGGAAUCAAUGUUGGCGCUCAUCAAAAACCUUCUCAUUCGACACAAAAGUUUGAACAUUUUGAUUCAUCGAGAUGUUCCUGAAAAGCUACUUGACGAUCCGUACUUGGAAGAUCGACCACUUAAAGAUUGUCGAGCUUUUGACUCGAGUUUGUGGGAGAUUAAGGCAAUGCAAAGUCACUGGUUUCCCAAUGUCGCCAAACGAGCAAAUUUCAUUGAUCGUCCUACAGAAAAGACAGAAUCGAUGGUUCGCAUUCGAGAUUUUUCCGCCUAUCUCGCUCAACUUUUUGAAAGAAAAUAUGGUGAGGCGCUGGCUUCAAGAAAUGCUCAUUUCGAGGAAAGUCAGGAUAUGAACGACGAGGAUGAAGAAAAUGAGGAAAACGAGCGAGAAGAAACGAAAAAAGAUGGGCGCAAACGGGCAAAGGGUAGCAAAAAGUCGGGAAAACGGGCAAAGCACGAAUUCGAGAUUCAACUUCGUGCCGACGAGCCAACCGGUCAAUUCUUCCCUCAGUCAUCCACCGUUUGCGACUUCAAUCGAUUUUGGACUGAA